AAACCUUUAAAAAUUUACCAAAAAAAUAUAAAUUGUGUCUGUUUCCUAUAUAACAAAGAGGAUUUCAAAAUGCUUUGAACCGUUGAACAUUUUCCUUAUGCCACUGAAUUAUCCCAUAGUUUUGGCUUGUAUUAUUGAUUUUCCUUAUGCCACUGAAUUGCAAGAGUACCAAUAAUGUAGAUUAUCACAUACUAUCAUGCUUUCACUAUGCUUCAUUUUUUAAAAUCAAAUGAAAAUUCACCAUAAUAAUACUCAACAUGGCUAUCACAUUGUUUCCCCUUCGCACUUUCCUUCAAAAUUCACUAAUCAACACAAAAAGUUCACAACUUUCAUGCAGAUUCACCUCUUCCCUUCCAAACCCAUUUGUGAUUUUGCGUGAUUACAAGUUUUCACCGCAACACAAUGCUAGAAACACAAAAAUCCUGCAUGCCCAUUUGCUUAAAACUCAUUAUUUACAAUCUGGUAUCUUUUUCAUGGACUCAUUGAUUGGUUUGUAUUGUAAAUCUUCUGAUAUGGUUCUUGCUCAUAAGCUGUUCGAUACAAUUACUCAACCGAGUAUUGUUUCUUGGAAUGUUAUGAUAUCUGGUUACGUUCGUAAUUCGAUGUUUUUGAAGUCGUUGGAGAUGUUUUGUAGGAUGCAUUUGUUUGGUUUUGAGCCUGAUGAGUUUAGUUAUGGGAGUGUUCUUUCUGCUUGUGUUGCUUUGCAGGCUUCGAUGUUUGGUUUGCAAGUUUUUUCACUUGUUGUGAAAAAUGGUUUUUUGUCGAGUGGUUAUGUUCAGACUCAAAUGGUGGAUAUGUUUUGUAAAAAUUGUAACUUUAGUGAAGCUUUGAGGUUUUUUAAUGAUGCUUCGUGUGAUAAUGUGGCGAGUUGGAAUGCUAUUAUUUCUUUGGCAGUGAAAAAUGGAGAAAACCAGGUUGCUUUGAAUCUGUUUAGUGAAAUGUGUCGCGCAUCUUUAAUGCCAAAUAGUUACACAUUUCCGAGCAUCUUAACGGCUUGUUGUGCGCUUAAAGAGAUGCAGAUUGGGAAAGGAGUUCAUGGAUUGGCGAUCAAAUGUGGUGCAACGGAUGUCUUUGUGGAGACUGCUAUCGUUGACUUGUACGCAAAAUUCGGAUGUAUGAGCGAAGCUUAUAGACAAUUCUCCCAGAUGCAAGUACAAAAUGUUGUUUCUUGGACUGCUAUUAUUUCUGGGUUUGUGCAACAGGAUGAUACUACUUUUGCACUAAAGCUAUUCAAAGAUAUGCGACAAAUAGGGCAUGAGAUAAAUGCCUACACCGUUACUAGUGUACUUUCUGCAUGUGCUAAACCUGAGCUGAUCGAGGAAGCAAAACAAAUUCAUUCCUUGGUAUUAAAAUUAGGGUUGAUUUUGAAUGUUAAGGUUGGAGCUGCUUUAGUCAACAUGUAUGCAAAAAUAGGAGGAGUUGGAUUAUCUGAGUUAGCCUUCAGCGAGAUGAAAAAUAUGAAGGAUCCGGGCAUAUGGGCAUCCAUGUUGUCUUCUUUUGCUCAAAACCGAAAUUCUGGAAGGGCACUUGAAUUAUUCACUGUAAUGUUAAGAGAAGGAGUGAAACCUGAUGAGUAUUGUAUUGGGAGUUUGCUUAGUAUUAUGAGCAGCUUAAGUCUAGGGUCACAGGUGCAUAGUUACAUUUUGAAAGCUGGAUUAGUCACCAAUGCUACUGUUGGUUGUUCGCUUUUUACAAUGUACUCGAAAUGUGGUUGUUUAGAGGAAUCUUAUGAAGUUUUUCAACAAGCUAUUGUCAAAGAUAAUGUCUCGUGGGCCUCUAUGAUUUCUGGUUUUGUAGAGCAUGGAUAUCCCGAUCAAGCUCUGCGACUAUUUAAAGAAAUGCUAUAUCAAGAAGUUGUACCUGAUCAUAUUACAUUAAUCUCGAUUCUAACUGCUUGUGCUGAUCUUCGUUUAUUGCGGACAGGUAGAGAAAUUCAUGGUUCCACUUUUCGAUUAGGACUAGGAACAAACACAGUUGUUGGUGGUGCACUUGUAAACAUGUAUUCUAAGUGUGGAAGCUUGAGUUUGGCAAGAAAGGUGUUUGAUAUCCUUCCCCAUAAGGAUGCUUUUGCUUGCUCUUCCUUGGUCUCGGGAUAUGCCCAAAAUGGUUUAAUCGAAGAGUCGUUUUUGUUAUUCCAUGAUAUGCUUCGAAAUGAUGAAACAGUUGAUGCCUUCACAAUUACAUCCAUUCUUGGGGCUGCUUCACUUUUGUGUCAAUCAGACAUUGGAACACAAUUGCAUGCCUACAUUGAAAAGUUGGGGUUACAAGCCGAUGUAUCGGUUGGAAGUUCACUAUUGACAAUGUACUCAAAAUGCGGAAGUAUUGAAGAUUGUCGCAAAGCAUUUGAUGAUGUCGAGAAGCCCGACCUUAUAGGUUGGACAUCCCUCAUAUUGAGCUAUGCUCAACACGGUAAAGGGGCAGAUGCUUUAGCUGCAUAUGAACUUAUGAAAAGUGAAGGAGUUGAACCUGAUGCAGUAACUUUUGUUGGGAUUCUAUCGGCUUGUAGCCAUAGUGGACUGGUUGAAGAAGCCUUCUUCUAUCUAAACUCAAUGAUUGAAGACUACAAGAUUACACCGAGUCAUCGCCAUUAUGCUUGUAUUGUUGAUAUUCUUGGUCGAUCUGGUAGAUUAAGAGAAGCUGAAAGUUUCAUAAACAACAUGCCUGUUGAGCCUAAUGCGCUGAUCUGGGGAACACUGCUUGCUGCUUGUAAGGUUCAUGGUGAUUUUGAGCUCGGGAAGUUAGCAGCCGAAAAAGUAAUGGGAUUGGAACCAAGUGAUGUUGGUGCUUAUGUGUCCUUUUCAAACAUUUGUGCUGAUGGAGAGCAGUGGGAAGAAGUUACAAAGAUUAGAAGUUCACUGAACAAAACUGGGAUGAAGAAAGAACCUGCUUGGAGCGUUGUGUGAAAAGCAACAAUGUCAUGAUUGGCAACUCUUAGUACCUGCUAACUUGAUCUCUUGGAUUUCCUUACAUAAAGAUAUGAAAACAGAAUAGGGAGUUGACAUCUUAAGAAAUGUCAAGAUACAUUGAUAUAGCCGUAGUGCUAUAUCAGAAUUCAAGGUAACCUGCUGAGUAACAAACCGUGGUUUGUCUUACCGUUCCCUGGAUCGCGUCGUGACAAGGACUUCAUCGCUUCACAUCAAGUGGCCCUUGGGGUUGAUGGAUUGGAAAGGGACUGAAUAAAAUGGAACUUAUAGAAUUUACUCAAUUCCAUUCCAUCUAACUGUUGAUUAUAUAAUUUUUCUCCUCCCAAUUUUGGGAGUAUAGAUUGGGACUAACUUAUUGUACAUUAUUCUCCUUACUGUUCCAUUUACUUCCAAAACAUUGGAAAGAGAACUUUUCUAGUCCAUCAUGUAAUAUCCAAACAAUGUAUGAUAAUUUUACUUAUUCCUUCUCA